AUGCAUGAGGACAUCACCACCGUAUAUAUGGUGGAGUCUGGACUCCGGACAUAUCUCUCUGAGGGGUCCGAUGAUGUUAGCGACCUAGAAGGUCUUUGGACUUGGCUGGAGGGUGACUUGAUGCCCAACUUAUUUCUGCAGUCUGACACACUUGGUGUACCGUACCAGAAUAAAUCCAUGUGGAGCCGAGUCCUGACCUACAAUCAGGUGGUAGGCCCCGUGGUACUGGAACAGCAGCGGAGUCAAAAGUCCCUCUGCGAAGAUGGUGACGGAGUCUCUGGUGACAUGUACUGCUACAGUCAGAGAUCGAGCUCGCGCGACUCCUUUGGUUCCAAUCAGGUGCUUCCGAUUGCAACACCAGCGGUGGCUGACUAUGCUGGAGGAACUGCGACGUUGGCAGAGAGAAGAGCCUACUAUGACUCUGCGUUCACCGUCGCAUCAUCCUCAAGAAGGCUUGCCACCGACACUCGGCCAGAGUUCGACUUUCUGCUGCCGCGGAGUUUCCCAAAGGAUACUUUCCAGGUUGCCAUCUACCCGAAUACGCCGUUUGCACUCGUUUCAGAGCAUCUCGCCUACAUCAAAAACCGUGAAUGGCUGGAUGUGCGAACAAAGCUGCUGAAAAUCAAUGCCAUCCUGGUGAAUGCUGAAGUUGGACGGCCCCGAUUGCAGAAGUUCUCCAUUGAGUUGGCUUUAAGCCGCGGGGGAGGCUUCUUCAAGCAGGUCCGGGUGAAUACGCUCUUCCUCGAGACUUUCCCUGGCGUUGCGAGCAUCGUGAUGGACAUUCUGUUCACUGUGUUCCUGGCGGGCUUCUUUCUGUCUGAGUGCUACCAACUGGGAAAAGCCAUCGCCAGGCGCCAGGGAUGGAAGCACAUCAAGAAAGGCUGGACCCUGCUGCAAUGGCUCACCAUUUUCGGUGGUGCCGCGGUGCUCAUGGGCUACGGGUACGAGAUGUUCCAACGUGAAGGUGUUCUAUCAGCAUACAAGACAGCUGUCGCGCUUGGACAGGAGGACAUGCCUGCAGACACGAGCACCAACGGCGUUGCGUUGCUCGACGAGGUUGAAGAGAUGAGUUGGUUUGUGGUCAACUUCCGUGUUGUCACCGGACUGUACUGCUUGCUUCUCAUGGUGCGCUUCUUUACAGCCUUUGGAGCCCAGCCGCGACUGGCGGUGGUGACCAAAACUCUGGAGGUCAGUGCUUUCGACAUUGUGCACUUCCUAGUAGUUCUGGCCCCAACUUGGCUGGCCUACGCCUUGGCAGGGUGCUUCAUCUUCGGCAGGAGGAUGGAGGAGUUUGCGACGCUGGACGCUUCGAUUGGUUACUGCUUCAAGCUCAUGAUUGAAGGGGAGUACGACUGGCCAUACUAUUCGGAGGAGAAUUACUUCACGACCAUGUUCUGGGUGUGGACGUUCAUGGUCUUGCUGAAUGUGGUCAUGUUAAACCUAGUGCUGGCCAUCAUCUUGGAUGUCUACGGCUCCAUCCGGAGGGAGACCGGCAAAAGUGAGACAGCGUGGCUCACGCUUUGGCGAAUGUUUCUGCAGCUCUGGUACCGGCGAGUGUGGGUGAAGAGCGCCACACUCCUGGAGGCUUUAGAAGAGCUGCCAGAUGAGAUUCGACGUGAGGAUCUGGAGGAGAAGUUCCCAUCGAUGUGCAACGAGCAGCUCAAGGUCUUGUUCCAGGAGUGUCAUUUCCAGGUCGCCAUGGAUGAUCAAGCAGCCGCAGAGAGCAAGCGGUGCAUGAAAAUGGCCUUGUCCUGCAAAUUGGCACUAGAUCAGGUGGCAGAGACAGUCAAAGCACUGCACAGUGGGACAAUUGAAACCGGUGGGCAAGCAGGCGAGGCCUCAAACUGGGUUCAGAAAGUCGCUGAUGAAAUGGCAGAGCAAAAUCACUACAUGGCGACUCUCCGAAAAAGGCUGGAAACAGUUCAGAAGCAGUGGGAGGCGAUCAAGCAGAAAGAGGCUGAAGCAGAGGCCGAGGCGCAGGACUGA